UUUAAAACAAAAUAAAUCCAUAUUCAUGGGAACUUAAUAAUAAAAAGCACCUUAAAGUAAAUAGAUCAGCUAAUUUUAAAUUGAAGUAGCAUGUUUAAAAGUAUUAAUUUCUAUAUAAUUUUAGGUAAAAGGUUAUGUGGAAUUGAACAGAGAUAGACGAACCAAUUAAGCAUUAAUGAAAGAGAAGGCUUUAAAUGAGAUGUUACGUAGUCCUUCUAGAAUAAAGGUUGAAGAGUACCAAAAGUUCUAGCAACUGGUUCAAGAUGUUAGGUUUAUUGAAACAUGUAACAUUGUUAUAAGGUAUACUAAUCUGAAAUUAACUUAGAUAUUGUGAUAUUGUUAAAGAUUAAUCCAUAAGAAUCUUUAGAUGUGGUGGAGAUCAUUCAAAAAUAUCAGAUGUAAUGACAUACAUUGAAAGUAUCCUUUUUGCAGCUGAUAAUUUGAACUUAGAGUAAGUAAUGGAAUUUAAAGAUCUAAUGAUAUUCUAUUUUGGACCUGGCUUUAAUGACACUAGUAAAUUAAUGAAUGUCGAUUAAGAAUUAAAGUUACUUUAUUAAAAUCCUCUACCUAAUGCUUACGAAGUGAAUGAGUUUGUUUUAAAAUUUGCAGAAAAGUAUGGAUUCAGCGAAGAACAAAUAAAUGCUUCAGGUNGCCACUUAAAAUAAUAUUAUCAUAAUGUUAUGCUAUUUCCUCCUAUGA